UCUGCGCCCUGCGCUCUGCGCUCUGCGCUUUACCCUUUGCUUUUCCACUACUUUCCUCUUCACCGAGAUGGCGAUCGAGACGGCGAAAGCGCAGAACUCCUUCCCGGGGAAGUUCCCGGCCGUCUCCAGCCAGGCGCGCCGGCGGUUCCUGAUCGCGCAGGCCUCGCUCCGGGCCUCGGCCCUCGUGUCGGCGCUGGUCGCGCUCGCCGUGCUGGUCACCAGCGACGAGACCAUCGUGUUGUUCGGCAUCAAGUUCCGGGCUUACUACAGCUACGCUUCCGCCUUCAGGUUUCUGCUGGGUGCGGACGCCGUAGUGGGUGGCUUCUCGUUGCUGUCGCUGAUCCUGCUCCGCUUCAUCAGUCGAUCGGGGUCGACUCCCAGGAACUACUUCUUCCUGUUCUUGCACGAUUUGGCAAUGAUGGUGCUGAUGAUAUCUGCGUGUGCGGCGGGGACGGCUAUUGGGAAUGUGGGUCGCUACGGGGAGGAGAAAAUGGGUUGGGUUGCCCUUUGCAACAGAGUGACCAAGUUCUGCAACCAAGUGAUGGUCUCGGUUGUUUUCUCGUAUUUGGCCUUCUUCUGCUACCUGGCUCUUACCAUCACAUCCGCCAACAAUCUCUCGUCUCAUCCCCUGGAGUGACUUGGAAGAGUUUCAACAGAGUUGCAGGUUUUGUCUGCCGUGUGUAGGGAAGAGGAGGGAUAUUGACUCUUGGUUCCUUCUUUUGCUGAUCCUUUUCAUCUUCCACUAGAGCAUACAGUUUAGCUUGCCUUCUUUCGAUGCGUAUAAAUAUUUUUGUUACUUGGUGAUGGAGGAGCUACCUAUUUAAUCUUCACGAGCUUGUCUUUUUCACAUCUCCUUAGAUAUGUACGGACAAGUUGUCCAUAAUAGUUGAAAGAGUUAUUUUUUGGCGUUUA